CUGCUCUCUCAUGUAGUUCAAUGCCAUGAAUUUUGCGUUUUUGCUGCCGUUGCUUUGGUAUGGUGAUACAAGCCUGAUAAGCGUUGAGCAGCUGGAUACGGACACAGGCGUUGGCGACCAUUGUGACACCAGGCGAUCUCCGAAGGGCUGUAUCACUUUGUUGAAUGGAGGUGAAACUUUAGGUCUGGUACAAGUGGGUUCACAGGCCAUCAAGAGCCAGAACACAACCAAACUCUCUGCCAAGGAUGCAGACGGACAUGCGCGAUAUGCGCAACAUGCGCGCACCGAAGUGGUGAAACAUUUCGCGAUUGUGCAGACCGCCUCGCAAACCGCUGCAGCGAUGAAAGGCGUGCAAGACUUCAACGAUGGUGCGAUCGUGUUUCUCAGCAUGCUGUUCGUGCUGGUCCUCUACUUGGUGGCUGGCGCUCAAUUGGGCUUUGGCUCCGAAGAGAGUGUGGAUUCGCAGCUUCAAAAUUUUUAUCAAAGAACAACUUCCUGGGUGAUGCCCAGAAUGGAAGCCUUACAAGAGCUCCUUCCCUGCAUCAGCAGCAACCUGGUAGGUCCAACGGCGGACAUGCCUCUGCUAGUGCCCGUCAAAGCUUUGGAGGAGCGAGAGAAGUGCCAGAGGAUGUUGAGCAACUUGAAAGGUUGGGGGUCCCCUGCGUUGCCCGAAAAUGUGGCCUGGCAAUUUGACAUCACCAGUAUCUGUGGGCAAAAGGUGCUGGCAGUGCAGCAGGUCAAGCUACAGGAUGGACAGCUUGGCCCCAUCCAGGUCUUAGGGCAUCGGGGCAGCGGUCGGGGCAAGUGCCUGGGCUCCAUUGAUCGGAAACUCCAGCUGGUCUCGGGAGUGGGUGAAGACUUUGGGCGCUUGGUCCGGAAGCAGUCUGGUGCGUACGAGUUGAAGGAGUCGGCGACUGGCAGGCACAGAUGGUUGGUGCAGGCCAACAUGCAUUUCCCUGGCCAUGAAUACUUCACCGUGACGUGGAGGCCGCGACGCCGACUUCUGGCCACUUUGAAUCGCGGCCAGGGGGGCCAUGCGGACUACAUGAAGGUGAUGCCAACACCGGGGGUUGAUGUGGUGUUGGUGAUCCUAUGCUGUGUAGGCCUCUUUGUCUUCAGGAUAGAUGACCAGGUGGAAGGACAAUCCAUGGAGGAAGACCCAGAAGCUGCAGGAUCCGGUUUCGCAGGAAAUCUCCUGCAGAAUGCAGACGGCGCGGAUGAUUGACG